AAUGGUGCAGGGUUUCUGGCCCUCAACAGUUCAGCCUCCACAAUGGAACCCACAACAGCAAAUCCAAUUGAGGAAACCCUACGUAGAAGAAUCAACAUCAGUAUUCUGAUCACAAACUUGAUGAUCAUCAUCUUUGCACUGGUUGGGAUAACAGGAAACGCCAUUGUGUUCUGGCUCCUGCGCUUCCGCUUGCACAGAAAUGCCUUCUCAGUCUACAUCCUAAACUUGUCCCUGGCUGACUUCCUCUUCCUCCUCAGUCUCAUCAUACUGUCCACAAAACAUGUUUUCAAGUUUUCCUUCCACAACAUUAUCUUCCUCCAGUGCAUUUACACCUUCAGGGUGGUUCUCUACGUCGCAGGCCUGAGCAUGCUCAGUACCAUCAGCACUGAGCGCUGCCUGUCUGUCCUGUGCCCCAUCUGGUAUCGCUGCCACCGCCCAGAACACACAUCAACUGUCAUGUGUGCUGUGAUCUGGGUCCUGUCCCUGUUGAUCUGCAUUCUAAAUAGAUAUUUGUGUGGUUUCUUAGAUACCGAAUAUGAAAAUGACAAUGUGUGUCUGGCAUCAAACUUCUUUACUACCGCAUACCUGAUAUUUUUGUUUGUAGUCCUCUGUCUGUCCAGCCUGGCUCUGCUGGCCAGGUUGUUCUGUGGCACUGGGCAGAUGAAGCUUACCAGAUUGUAUGUAACCAUCAUGAUGACCAUUUUGGUUUUUCUCCUCUGCGGGUUGCCAUAUGGCAUCUACUUGUUCCUGUUAAACUGGAUUAAGAAUGUUUUUACUGUAUUUGAUUUUACUCUUUUUCUGGCAUCAGAAGUCCUGACUGCUAUUAACAGCUGUGCCAACCCCAUCAUUUACUUCUUUGUGGGCUCCUUCAGGCAUCGGUUGAAGCACCAGACCCUCAAAAUUGUUCUCCAGAGGGCACUGCAGGACACUCGUGAGACAGCUGAAAACAUGGUGGAGAUGUCAAGAAGCAAAGCAGAGCCAUGAUGAAGAGCCUCUGCAUGGACCUCAGAGAUGGCUUUGGAGUGAGCACUGCC